AGUUUUGGAAAAAUGGGUAGCAUUACAGAUGGUUCUGUGCAUGACAAUGUCAUAUGUUUGACUACCCAUGAUGAUCUUUCAGAACAGUGCAAUAUUUUUGGUGGGGAGCAAAUACAAAGGCCAAAUUGACCUAUGGGUAAGAAUAAAUGGUACUCUGAGAAAGCAUGAGAAAGUUCUUCAGAAACAUAAUGAUUUUGUUAGAAAAUCUUACAAUUUUGCCUAACAAUCUUAAAUCUUAAAAUUGUUUUACAGCCUGGGUAGCUCAGUGAGUAUUGACUCUGACUACCACCCCUGGAGUCAUGAGUUCGAAUCCAGAGUGUGCUGAGUGACUCCAGCCAGGUCUUCUAAGCAACCAAAUUGGCCUGGUUGCUAGGGAGGGUAGAGCCACAUGGGGUAACCUCCUGGUGGUCACCAUAAUGUGGUUCUUGCUCUCGGUGGGGCACGUGGUGAGUUGUGCGUGGAUGCCACGGAGAAUAGCGUGAAGCCUCCACAUGCGCUAUGUCUCUAUGGUAACAUGUUCGACAAGCCACGUGAUAAGAUGUGCGGAUUCACGUCUCAGACGCAGAGGCAACUGAUAUUCGUCCCCCACCACCCAGAUUGAGAAGAGUUACUACGCCACCACGAGGACUUAGAGCACAUUGGGAAUUGGGCAUUCCAAAUUGGGGAGAAAAGGGGGAGAAAAUCCAAAACAAAAAAACAAUAUAAUAAAUUGUGUCUGUGUAUGUGAUUUACAAAAUUGUUUUCAAUAGACCUAUUAAAAUAUAUAAUAAUCUGCAGCAAAGCUUCAGAUUUGUCCUGAUUGAUCAGGAUUUGAACCCAGGUCACAACAUUUAAUGCCAAUAUGAUUUACUACUGGACCAGUGUCCUAUCUAUUAUCAUUUGUUCACUUUGCAGGAGAAAGUUACUCAGACUAUUAGUUCAUCAAGCCAUUAUUCAUUAUAAAGAAAUAAAAGCAAUUGAAAGUGUAUUAUUGACACAUAUCAGCAUAUGAUGCUUUAGUGUUGCAAAUAAAAUAAUUCAACAUGUGAUUUACUGCUCUGAAAAAUGUAAUCGCCAGUUCCCAUUCAAACCAAUGUCCCACAUUAACAUGGGCAACCAUGUUACCCUGUGAAACAGUUAAAAUAGCUUUUAAACAGGGGGCCUGGGUAGCUCAGUGGCAAAGACGGGAGGGUAGAGUCACAUGGGGUAACCUCCUCCUGGUCACCAUAAUGUGGUUUGUUUUCGGUGGGGCGCACUGUGAGUUGAGAAUGGUUGCCGCGGUGGAUGGCGUGAAGCCUGCACAUGCGCUAUGUCUCCGUGGCAACGCGCUCAACAAGCCACGUGAUAAGAUGUGCGGGUUGACGGUCUCAGACACAGAGGCAACUGGGAUUCGUCCUCUGCCACCCAGACUGAGAUGAGGUUAUUCGGAAGCGUCUUCUUAUAGAUGGAGAUGGAGCUGGAGAUGAUAGACGCAUUAAUGUGCUCAUGAAGACCUUCAUCAAAUGGUGCCACUCCAAUAUCUCACCAGAGGAAGGGUUCGCACAGUAUCAAAGGAUGCUGACAUCUUUAUCUCAGUGUGAAUACUCCAUGGGAAAGACUCUGCUCGUGUAUGACAUGAACCUGAAAGAAAUGGAGAAUUAUGAAGCAAUAUAUGCAGAUAUUGAGAAAAGUAUAACAUCAGCACAUGAAAAGAUUGCUGAGUGCAAAAAAGAAAUCCAGAGAGCGAAAAGGAUACGCAAAAAUCGUCAAGAGUAUGAUGCUUUGGCCAGAGUUAUCAAGCAACAUCCAGACCGACAUGAGACCUUAAAACAGCUUGAGGCUUUAGACAAAGAGCUUCAACAGCUUUCACAGAUCAAAGAGAAUGUGGAGGACAAGCUGGAGCUUCGUAAGAAACAAUUCCAUGUCAUUCUCACCACCAUCCAGGAACUUCAGCAGACUUUGGAUAAUGAUGAGAAGAUGGAAAAUGAUGAUUCCCAGGAAAGCCUAAUGGAAAGUGGAGACUAGGCAUUGUGUUUUUCUAGUUUUGAUUGUUUGGAAGAUGUUAUUAUUAUCCUGUUAUUUUUUCAUGUGUUCCGAAACAAAACAAAAAUUCUCAUUUUAAUCUCAUUUUCUUUUGAAGAUGGCUGAUGUGUACAGUUUUACUAUUGGCGUGGUGCAAUUAAAGUGAUUUUUUACAAACUGGA